AUGAGAGACUACAAAGUGGUUGUUCUAGGCGCGGGCGGUGUUGGAAAAUCUUCAAUUACUGUGCAAUUUGUUCAAGGUGUUUAUAUUGAAAGUUACGAUCCAACAAUUGAAGAUUCAUAUAGAAAGCAAAUCGAGGUUGAUGGCCGAGCUUGCGACUUGGAGAUCUUAGAUACAGCUGGUGUAGCUCAAUUCACAGCAAUGAGAGAGUUGUACAUUAAAAGUGGGAAAGGUUUUCUCUUGGUUUAUUCUGUAACUGAUGAAAACUCACUUAAGGAACUUUUGGCAUUACGUGAACAAGUCUUACGUAUUAAGGAUAGCGAUAAUGUUCCAAUGGUUCUUGUUGGAAAUAAAUGUGAUUUGGAAGAGGAUAGAGUAUUGAGCAUAGAAGAUGGCGUUAAAGUAAGUCAGGAUUGGGGGCUUGUGCCGUUUUACGAAACCAGUGCUAUGUACAAGACCAAUGUCGACGAAGCAUUUAUUGAUGUUGUAAGGCAAAUCAUGAGAAAAGAAGCAGCUAUAAGUGCCGAAAAAAAGCAACAGAAGGAGAAGCAGAAACUUGAACAAUUUGGCAACGGCUCUCAACCACAAACAGAGCAAUCAAAUGGCGUUGUCGGUAAUAAUGGCAAAAAGAAUGCACUUGACUCCAAUGGUAAUAACAAGAAUAUGCAGAAGAGCGAACAAACUGGCGGUACAACUGAAGGAGGAGCGGGAGUAAGCAACGGAGGUGGUGGUGGGGGAGUUGGGGGAGCAACUCAAAAUAGUAAUGGAAGAUUUAAACAAUCUGGCCCUGACCUGUCAACUAACAAGUCUGGAAGUAAAUGCUGCACCAUAAUGUGA